AUCAAUGGCGGCGCACACUUCCACACGUCCAGAGAACAUUGCUAUGGUGUGAUUGUUGCUUGAGAAUACCACAUCUGCAUUUUUCUUCCAUCUUUGAUACCCAUUCUCGCGGCGCAAGAUGGUUAGGCAAUACAGCAAAUUCGAACAGACCGAUGCCUUUGGCGUGGUCGCGACUGCCACCUCGAACAUCGUCUGGACAUCGGAAGGCGCCACCCAGCCUGGAUCGACCCGAGCUGCUGGAGCUGGACGCGCAUACGCCGCCGCAAACGAAGAAGUUCUAUGUUGGGAUGUGAAGAAAGGCGAGCUUCUGAGCAGGUGGCGCGACUCCACCUGCACCGAAGAAGUCACAGUCAUAUGCCGAAGCGAAGUAGAUCAGGAUGUUUUUGCCGUUGGCUACGCAGACGGUAGCAUCCGCAUCUGGGAUGCGCGAACAUCGACCGCCAUCAUAAGUUUCAAUGGCCACAAAUCUGCCGUCACGACACUAGCUUUCGACCAGACUGGAGUGCGGUUAGCAAGUGGAUCAAAAGACACAGACAUCGUUAUAUGGGACCUGGUUUCGGAAGUCGGCUUGUACAAACUCAGAGGACACAAGGGACAAAUCACUGGCCUGCGCUUCCUUCAUCCUGGCAAUGCGACUCAAGAGGAAGACGUAAAUGGCGAAGAGGUCGAUAUGGACACAGAUCAAGCAUUUCUUCUCUCCACCAGUAAAGACGCCCUGAUCAAGAUUUGGGAUGUGAGCACACAACACUGCAUCGAAACGCACGUUGCGCAAACGAAUGGAGAAUGUUGGGCAUUGGGCGUAUCACCGGAUGGCAGCGGAUGCAUGACUGCGGGCAACGAUGGAGAACUCAAAGUGUGGGCUAUCGAUUUAAUUGGCCUUCGACAAGCAGGUUCGUCCAUCGGUGAACGAACAGAGCAGAGCUACCUUACCACAAGAGGUAUACUCUACCGGCAAGGCAAGGACAGGACUCAGGGUAUCUCUUUCUACGCGAAGUCGGAUUACAUUGCAGUCCACGGUGCAGAAAAAGCUGUGGAGAUUUGGCGGAUACGGACCGAGGAAGAAGUAAGGAAAAGUCUGGUCAGAAAGAGGAAGAGAAAGCGAGAGAAGGCCAAGAACGAGGCAAACAGCGAGGAACAGGAUGAAGCCAACGCAGAAGAGAAGGUGAACAUUGCGGAUGCUGAAAUUGGCGAAGUCAUCGUACCAUACGUCACGGUCCGGACAGCAGGAAAGGUCAGGUCUGUCUCAUGGAUGCACACCAGAGGAAGCAAGAAACUGCAGUUACUGAUUGGCACGAACAACAAUCUCAUCGACGUCUACGAGAUCCCACAGAAAAGCAAAACGAAGACAGACGAAGCACCUGACUACAGUCGGACACUCUCCGUGGAGCUUUCAGGCCACAGGAAUGAUAUCCGCGCACUAGCUCUUAGCUCCGACGAUCGGAUGCUGGCGUCAGCAUCAAGCGGAGGCCUCAAAAUCUGGAAUGUAAAGACCCAAAAUUGCCUGCGAACGUUGGAAUGUGGGUAUGCACUUUGCUGCGCGUUCCUACCAGGAGACAAGAUCGUUGUUGUAGGAACAAAAGAGGGCGAUAUCGAGCUGUAUGAUAUAGCUGCUUCGUCAUUGCUUGACAAGAUAUCAGCACAUGAGGGAGCAGUAUGGACUAUGCAGGUUCAUCCUGACGGCAAGUCACUCAUUACAGGUAGCGCAGACAAGUCAGUCAAAUUUUGGAAUUUUGAGAUCGUCCAGGAAGAGAUACCUGGAACGAAGCGGACAAUGCCUCGACUCAAGCUUGUUCAGUCUCGCAUCCUAAAACUCAACGACGACGUUCUUAGUGUUGAAUUCUCGCCAGACUCAAGGCUACUUGCCGUCUCUACUCUCGACAACACCGUCAAAGUCUUCUUUGUCGACUCACUAAAACUCUUCCUCAAUCUAUACGGACACAAGCUACCAGUACUAAACAUGUCGAUAUCAAGCGACAGCAAGCUGAUCGCAACAUGUUCCGCCGACAAGAACGUACGCAUUUGGGGUCUCGAUUUUGGUGACUGUCACAAAGCUCUCUUUGGGCACGAAGACAGCAUCAUGCAGAUAGCCUUCAUCCCGCAUCCUGUCGAUGGUGAUGAGAAGCAUAUCUUCUUCAGCGCUAGCAAAGACAAGACAAUUAAGACGUGGGACGGUGACAAAUUCGAGCAGAUCCAGAAGUUCAAAGGUCACCAUGGCGAGAUCUGGGCAAUGACCGUGGCGCGUACAGGUGACUUUAUAGUCUCAGCCAGCCACGACAAGAGUAUACGAAUCUGGACCAAGUCCGAUGAGCCUAUCUUCCUCGAAGAAGAGCGUGAGCGUGAACUUGAAGACCUCUACGAGAAAACUCUGGCAACAUCCUUGGAAGAUGAGGAGCCCCUCAACGGCGAACGCGCUGAGGCGGUAGACGCUUCCAAGCAGACAAUUAGCACUCUCACAGCAGGAGAACGUAUCCAAGAAGCCCUCGACCUAGGUGUCGACGACCUGGAGGUCGUCCGCGAGUGGGAAGUUCAGCGGAAAGCAAACCCGAAGAUUGCUCCUCCGCAACGUAACCCCCUUUACCUAGCUCUUGGCAACAUCUCCGCUGAACGUCACGUCCUCAAUACGUUGUCCAAGAUCCCCGCUGCACAACUUCACGAUGCGCUUUUGGUCCUGCCUUUUUCAUCCUUGCCUGCGUUGUUCACAUUCAUAUCUAUCUGGGUGCAGAAACAGUGGAACAUAAAUCUCACCUGCCGUGUCCUCUUCUUCAUGUUGAAGACGCACCAGAAGCAGAUCGUUUCGAGCAGGGAGUUAAAGACUGUGCUGGAAAGUAUGCGCGCCGACCUGAGAACAUCGUUGACGGGCAACAAGGACCUGAUCGGAUUCAACGUUGCAGCACUGCGGUUUGUGGGUGAGAGAGUUGACGAUGCGAAGUUGGUGAGGUUGGAGGAUGUGGAUAGGUUGGAUGAAGAGAGUAAGACUAGGAGGAAGAGGGCGUUUGUAGAUGUUGCGUAAAAGUCGAAAGCAGUAGUGCAUGGGUGGAGUUCAGUCUUGUAGAUUUAGUCAAGGACGGCUUGUUUUCUUUAUUUCCAAUUCAAACCGUU